GUUGCAGCUGCCUUGGACGCGCUUAAUGCUGCCACUGAGCCCCCACAACCACGCCAAGCAACAUCUGCAGCACCUGUGGCUGGUGGAGAGCACCCUCCACCAGGCUACGAUGAAGCAGUGGGCAUGGCAAUCACUCGCUCCACCGGUGGCACUGAAACUGGUGCUGCAGCUCCGGUUCUUCCUCCACGCCGCACUGCUCCUGCCAACAACAAUGCCGCAGCUGCUGAGUCUCUGAGCUUGGCUCAGCGCUACGGACUUCCGGUGGCCGAAAUAUAA